AUGGCCAGAGACUCACUGAAAGGGAUGAGGAGGGGGAGAGAGGGGAGAGGGAAGCAUGGGACUCCAGCCUGCCCCUGCCCACCAGGAGCCUCUGAGCCAACAGAGAGGAGAGACUCUCCCCAGCCACAGCGCAGGAGAAUGGAUGCCAACACUGUGAGGAGGCGCAGGCCUCCACUAGUCGCCUCUAGAGAUGGGAUGAAACGCUCUCCCCGUAAGAGGCUGGAGGCCGACUCUGUGAGGAGGUGCAGGUCUCCGUGCGGAAGAAGGAGAAACUCUCCCCAAGGCAGGUUAGCCAACCCUAUCAGGAGAGGCAGGUCCCAGAUCGAGAGGGACCAAGCUCCUGGGGGCCGCAGAGAGAGGGAGGGAAAGAGUGAUGAGAGUAAGGAAGAGGAAGGAAGCAGCAGUAGCAGCUCCAGCUGUGCCAGUGAGAGUGAGACAUCUGGAGAGAGUGAAGGAGAAAGGCAGGAGAGAGAAAGUAGAAGAGCAAUGGAGCAGGCUUCUUGUCUGUUUGAAGAGAUAUCAGGGCUGAGGGUCAGGGAGAGUCCCUCCCAGGAGAUAGAGAGUGAGGAACAACAACAACAACAACAACAACAACAAGCAUUCCCUUAUAUGUUUAGAGAAAGGACUAACAGAACACCCAACCAUUUACCAAGGGAGAACGCAAGAGGCCGAGCCAGACCCAAACCAAAACCCAGUAGGAGCGAACCCACCAACAAGGACUCUCCCGGUCCAUCCCAAGCCAAGAACCCACACAUGAGGCCCAACAUGAUCAAACUGAAGUCCAGAAAGAGAGUCAAAGCCAAGGACAUGGGGGAGGAAUCACUCCCGAGCCGACGCAGAAGUCGAAGUGAGACAUCCAGCAGAAGUCCUUCUUCUCAGAGUGAGACAGUAGGAAGACAAGUCACUCCAGCCUUAACGUACACUCAUAGACUCAGGCCCAGAGCCCCAGCCCCAGCUCCACAUAGGCAGGCUGAGCUUGAGAGAGAAGCUGCUGCCAUUAGAGAGAGAGGAAGGAAGAGAAAAGAGAAAACCCUGAGAGGACAGAACGAAGUGAAGGAGGAAGAGGAGGAGGAGGAAGAGGAAAAUGACAGUGUGGUUCUUUCCUGUUCGGGACUGAAGGGAGGGAGGAGAGGAGGGCUGGUGAACAAUGGUAAGGGACUAAACCUGGGAAGGCGUGAUGAUAACACCAAACAGAGGAAAAGAAAGAGAGCCAGAGAGGAGGAGGAGAGCAAUGAGGAGUUGGUGGAGAGGGUGUGGUCCAGGGAGGGCUGGAAGAGGAAUAAGAACAAUAGAACCACUAGUGCAGAGAUUCCCAUCGUUGUCCACUAUCUAACCCGACAAAGGAGACGCCAGUUGAAGAACCCACUACCCAACUAUAGAGGAUCAUCCUCUUCUUCUUCAUCCUCAGACUCCAGUAUCUUUCAUCUUGGACCCAACCCCAGUAAGACCUGACUCCACUUAGUAUCAAAAGAAGAAGAAUUAGCCUGGUCCCAGAUGUGUUAGUGCUGUCUUGCCAUGGGCCUGACAAUGACCACGGGCGCUGGCAAGACAGCACAAAGACAUCUGGGACCAGGCUAAAGAAGAACUAGUAUUCGGAUAUGACAUUAAACAGUAUCUAAUCUUGAGUUUGUUAUUUCUAAUCUGUGAUGAUUUGUGCUUUAUCUCAUGUGUAACUUUGUUGCAGGCAGCUUUGAGUCUCUCUUCACACUGGGGAGCAUGCUGGGUAAAGGAGGAUGUGGGGCGGUCUACGCCGCCAUGCGCAAAAGUGACGGUCAACAGGUGAAGCUUUUAAGUUUGUUAUAGAAUUCUAAUUCUGGUCAUAGUAGGUUAACUGAUAGACGAAAAUUUGAACGUUUACUCCUAUCAAUAUUUACAUAACGCAAGAAGUGAAAGCACACUACUAUAUGAAUAUUUCAUGUUGCUUUUUCCCCUCAGGUGGCCAUAAAGUAUGUGAACAGAGGAAUGGCCGAGCCGUACGUAAAGCUUGUGAGUAGCCCGUUUUGGUUUACACAAUUGCAUGUACCGGAAGUCUAAGAAUACAAAAAGCUCCUACUGGGUUUUGGUUUGGGUCUGGCUCAGCCUGUUGCGUUCUCCCUUGGUAAAUGGUUGGGUGUUCCGUUGGUCCUUACUCUCAACAAAUAAGGGAAUGCUUGUUGUUGUUGUUCCUCACUCUCCUUUUCACCUGUGGAAAACACCCCAUCCAAUGGCAACACCCUCUAAACCUUUCCACCUUUCUCCCCUCAACCCCAUCUCUCCUCCUCACCUCUCCCAACUUCCCCACCCCUCUCACCUCCAGCCUGGACAGAGGAGUGCCUUGCCCCUGGAGGUGGCCCUGAUGCAGAUCGUCUCACGGCCCCCGUCCUGCUGCUACGUGCUGGGCCUGCUGGAUUGGUUUGAGGAGGUAGAGUGGUUCAUCCUGGUGCUGGAGAGACCCUAUCCCUGCAUGGACCUGUUCGACUUCAUCGAGGAGCUGGGAGGCCGGGUGGACGAGUGUCUGGCCAGGAUCAUCAUGAUACAGGUGAUGGGUCUAGUCCUGUGUGGCUCAGUUGGUAAAAGCGUGGUGCUAAGGUUCUGGGUUCAAUUCCCGCAGGGAUCACUUACACAAAUAUCUCUAGUCUCUCCUAAGUCACACUUUACUUAGUCAACUAUGUCACUUUAGAUAAGAGCGUUUGUUAAGAGCCAUAUAUUAUGUUAUUACAGGUGGUACUGGCUGUUCGGCAUUGCCGCGACCGAGGGGUCCUGCACCGAGAUGUCAAGGCUGAGAACCUGCUGGUGCAGACAGACAACCUGCAGGUUAAGCUCAUCGACUUUGGCUGUGGAGACCUUCUGAGAGAAUCCUCCUACAGAGACUACUCAGGUAGAACACAACAGGAGAAUGGCUGGUCAGGGUUAUUAUGUUCAGUAGGCAGGAAAUGCAAGAAAACGUUCUGAAACUGAGUGAAAUGGGGAGGUACUAUCUAAACUCGUCCAAUAAGAAGCGCUCAUUACUGUUUCCCGUUUUAAAACUUUUUGUCAGUGUGCCCUAAUGUAAAGAUCAACAACAACAACAUUUAAAAAAGUGGAUAUUAUUCACAUAUGCAUAAAUUACAGUAAUCACUCUGUUUCCCCCCUUCUAUUGCUUCCUCCUCAGGCACAGAGGAGUACUGUCCUCCAGAGUGGGUGCUGAGCGGUGUGUACCAGGGCCGCCACGCCACCAUCUGGUCACUGGGGGUACUGCUCUACGGCCUGGUGUGUGGCCGUCUGCCCUUCCACAAGGAGGCUGAUAUCAUCGCUGGGCGCCUGCGCUUCAAAAAGGGCCUGACUAAAGGUGAGGGGGAGGGAGGUAAGAGCGAGAGACCAUUUGAGAUAAAAAAUAACACCGUUUGUGUUGGUAAACAUGAGUAUGUAUUUGGUUGUGGUCAUGGAUACAUAAUAAGGUGCUCAAAGACCAAAAAAAUUUGAAUAGUGACCCAAAGGCAAACUCACCAUCCUAUCAUUUUUCUUUAUGAUACAGAGUGUAAGGAGUUGAUCAACUGGUGUCUGCAACAGAAUCCCACCAAGAGGCCAGUUUUAGAGCAGAUCCUCCUUCAUGACUGGAUGGCAGAGGGACAGGUGAUCUAG